CUGACUCACACAGGGAAGGCAAGCAGUCUAAAAAACACAGGAUUUGAGAAAUUUCCCAGCCAACAGAUGUAAUGCAAGACACAAGGACAUUACAAAAAGCAAACAAGAAGAGACACGACUAGUUUGGUGAAACAUGUCUUUGAUUUGGCUCCUGUUAUAUGCAUACAUCCAUGUCAUUUCUGGCAUGAUCUCAUUUGGGGACAUGGCUGAUCAGGACAGCCCUAUUAGUGUGAGUAUCCCUGUGGAACCACCACUGCGUCCCCUAUUGGGGGGAAGCAUGAUUAUACCUUGCUACUUCCAGGACAACACUGUCCAGGACCCUGGCGCACCAACCACUGCCCCACUGCCCCACCGUAUUAAGUGGAGCUACAUCAACAAGGGCAGAAUAUCUAUUAUUCUCAUUGCUAGUGGGGGCGUGGUGCAGGUUGAGACAGACUACGUGGACAGGGUUCAUUUGGUAAACUACCCCGUGGUGCCAACUGACGCCACCAUUGAGAUCUCAGAACUCCACUCCAAUGACUCCGGCACCUACCGCUGUGAGGUCAUGCAGGGGUUAGAAGAUAACUAUGAUUCUGUUGAAAUGCAAGUCCAAGGCAUUGUGUUUCACUACCGAGCAAUAUCUACCCGAUAUACCUUGACAUUUGAGAUGGCAAAGGCAGCCUGCAUCCAGAACAGUGCUGUUAUUGCAACACCCGCACAACUGCAAGCUGCCUAUGAUGAUGGAUACCAUCAAUGUGAUGCUGGUUGGCUUUCAGACCAAACUGUGAGGUAUCCCAUUCAUGAGCCAAGGGAGCCUUGCUAUGGAGACAAAGAAAAUUUCCCAGGGGUACGAACAUAUGGAGUCAGAGACAUCAAUGAGACCUAUGACGUGUACUGUUUUGCAGAGAAAAUGUCAGGCAGUGUGUUCUACUCUAUGUCUGUGGAGAAGUUCACUUUUGCAGAGGCUGAAGACCAGUGUGCAAAACUGGGAGCCCAACUGGCCACCACAGGGCAACUCUACCUAGCAUGGAAGGCUGGUAUGGAUGUGUGCAAUGCUGGCUGGCUAGCAGACAGGAGUGUGAGGUAUCCCAUUAACAUAGCUCGACCCCAGUGUGGUGGGGGGCUUUUGGGAGUGCGAACGGUUUACCUGUUUCCAAAUCAGACUGGUUAUCCACACCCAGACUCCCGCUAUGAUGCAAUCUGUUAUGCAGAAAAAGAAGAUAAGGUUUUAACAAAGACCUCACCAUUUCCUAAAAUAUACACUACUACGGAUUCCAUGUUCAGUGUGGCUACAUUCACCUCAAGCCCUUCAGACUAUACUGAAGAGGUGACCACAGAAGGGGAGGUCCGUGGCCAGCUAGUGACAGAUGAGCCUCUUAACACCACAAGCAUAGAAAGUCCUUCACCUUUACCUCCCAACAUAACUGAGGUUGAGGAAGACAUUAUUAAUGUGGCCACAGCUCUGCCUUACUUGGGAUAUGAGAUUCCCAUGGACAAUGUCACUGCUGAAACUAAGGGAGUGGUAUUCCACUAUCGCGCUGACUCCAGACGCUAUGCUUACACCUUUGAGGAAGCACAAGUGGCAUGUCAGAAGCUGGGAGCAGUCAUAGCCACCCCUGAGCUUCUUCAGGUGGCUUAUGAAGCUGGCCUUCAUCAAUGCAGUGCAGGUUGGCUACAGGACCAGACCGUCAGAUAUCCAAUUGUGCAUCCUCAAAACAAGUGCUCUGGAGAUCAGAAGGACCUCCCUGGCAUACGCUCUUACAAUGUUAGGCCUGCACAUGAGCGGUACGAUGUGUACUGUUAUGUGGACCAGCUAAAGGGAGAGAUCUUCCAUGUGAGCUCAUUAGCAGGCUUCACCUACUAUGAAGCUGUUGCCCAUUGCAGAAAAAGGGGUUCUACUCUUGCUUCAACUGGAGAACUGUACGCUUCAUGGAAUCAGGGUUUCCACAAGUGCAGUCCAGGUUGGCUGUCUGAUCGCAGUGUCCGCUAUCCUGUCCGCAACCCAGGCUUUGAUUGUGGUGAAAACAAGACAGGAGUGCACACUAUUUAUGCUCAACCAAACCAAACAGGCUUCCCAAACCCAUACUCCAGAUAUGAUGCAUAUUGCAUCAGAGCAAAUCUGUCUAUGCUGCUUGAUGAAGAUAUGUUGAACACUACAAAGAUGGGGAAGGAUCUUAACAUGACAGACAUAACAGAGCUGCUGAGACCUGUUCUUCCAAUUGUCCCUCCCUUGCUUGUGGACCUGUCUGGAUCUGGAUCUGGAUCGGGCUCAGGUUCAGCAUCAGCAUCAGGUGAUCCUGAUUCCAGUUCUGGGUACAUGUCAGGGAGUGGCAUACCCAGUGGGAGCAUAUCCGGUUCUGGCGAAAGUGGUGAUGGAUCAGGCCUUGUGAAGUACCAAGAAGGUGCAGAUACACUCAUGUGGAAGACUUCUGCCUCGGGCAGCACUUUGGAGGCAAGAGAAGGUAGUGGCAGUGGCAGUGGCAGUGGUGUUAUCAUUGCUUCAGUAUCAUCAGGGGAUCAAGAAUCUGGAGAGGAAUCUGGACUCUUUUAUGAACAAAGUGGAGCUAGAGGCCUUCCAUCGGGACUUGGCAGUGGAUCUAGUGGUUCAGGAACAAGUGGAUUCUUCAGUGGUGAGGAAUCAAGCCUUCCAUCGGGACUUGGCAGUGGAGUCUAGUGGUUCAGGAACACAGUGGAUUCUUCA